AUGGCGAAUCGCUUCAUUCUGCCCGCUUCGCCUGUGGUUCGAUGCCAAGAUCGAUUUGAUCUUCUUGGCUCCGACGAGGACCAAGUGCCCUUUUGGGACCUUCUCACCGCGAUCUUGACAAGUAAAUCGGAUCCCAUCUAUGAUAUUGCCUCAUUUCUUGAUGCGCUGGAGACCAUCGCUAUAUCCCUGAGGGGGUCUCUACUAAAUGGAAAUUACGAUGCACUUCACGAGUUUAUGACCUCAUAUCUCCAAGAUGAAAUUCAUCGUGACCGGUUCUUCACUAAAACUUGGCCAUUUCUUGUAGAUUUGGCCCUGGAAAUGCCCACACUGUUUCCCGAUGGAACAUUACCAUGUCUCUCAGCAGCACAGAAUGAUAAUGGAAUGACCACAGCUACUUUCUCGCGACGACAAAUUGCAUGUCUGGUAGUUCAUCAAUUUCUUUGCUCUCUACCCUCACGUCCUUGGGAUACGGAGUCAUUUGUUGAUCUGCGGCCAUGGUACACUCACUCAAACACGUCUCAUCCAGGCGCUGUUCAUGCAUACUUGACAGCACUCUUCUCAUACUUUGAGCACCUUCAGCAACCAAUAGAAGGCUAUAAAGCUCGAAUUGAGAUGUCAACGGAUGAGUGGCAAAUCACGUUUACAAUCAGAUCGGUUGGAGGUAAUGAGGCAGAUCAGCUGCUCGAGAACGAGGCUUCAAGCGCUGAUCUUGCCUCGACAUCCAUUGAGAUUUGCCAUCUGGAAGAAUCACAAACGACACCCGCCUAUCUUGGGAUCCCCCAUGGAGCAUGCGUGAUCUCUGCCAACAAAUGCUUUGGUUACGGCCCGACCGGUACACAAGAAGAGCUGCACGUCGGCAUUUCCCCAGAAUCAUACCCUGCCGUCCUCCUCGCUCGUCCGCUGUCCGAUGACCAGAUUUUGAUCUGUCAAGGCGCAGAGCCAAUGGUCUCUAUCAAAGGCCACGGCAGAGAUGCAAGACUAGAUCAAAUACUGCCAUCUUCUUUCUGUGGCCCUGGAGACAUAUACCGGUGGAAAGAUCGAACAAUGCUUUUCAUGGAUGCUUUGGAAAUGGACGUCAUUGGUGCAGAGAGCGAUUCUCCCAUUCCAGACAUUUACCCUCCCACGCGACUAUCCAGGGAGAUGAUUCUAAAGGCAUACAAUUCAUUCCGCAGUGUCGGACAACCGUACAGUUAUAUCGUGACAGGCCUCUGGGGCUGCGGAACGUUUGGCGGAAACAAGUACGUCAAGUGCCUGCUACAGUGGUGUGCGGCGAGCUUAGCUCAAAUUCCCGCUCUCAGGUUUGUCUUUGCUGGGCCUGAGCAACAGAAGUUUUCAGAAGAAUUUGCGCGGUUCGCGCUAAGAGUGAUACGUAAGGAUGUCACAAUCAGGCAGGUCUUUGAAGCCUUGGUAGCGAUGAAAGAUUGCGGCUAUGAGGUCAGCACGGAUGGGGUUUUCGAUUAUAUGGCGGAUCAGCUUGGUUUUAGGUAG